GCAAAACUUGCAGUUCAAAGUCUAAUAAAGAAGAAAAUGAAAAUGGCAUUCUACCAUCACUUGGCGAUACAAAAGAAGCAAUGGAACAUGCUGGUGAGGAGAUGUCUAAGGAACUUCCUAACCUCUUGAUAUCACCUGGUAUGACUGAUAAUGACUAUGAUGAUUUUAGUCAGAAAAGUGAUGCCAAACCAAAAUUGUCACCAAACCAAGAACUAGGUAUAAAGAAACAGUGUACAAAUGUGGACAAUAAAGCACAAGAAAAAUCCCUGAAUCAAGAAAAGAAACAUAGUUCCAUAGAACAGAAUAAUGAAAUUGGUUGCAAUGAGGACGUAAUAUCAAAGUCAAAAGUAAAAACUGAUAAGGAAAGAACUGACAAAGACUUGAUUCAGUCAGAGACGAAACAUAAAACGAAGGAAAAAACUGAAGCGGUGAUGAAGGCUGAAAAUUCAACCAACCCUAAUGGACACUUACAAGUCACAGAAACCAACUGCCACAGGAAAGACAGUGGACAUAACACAUCUGUUGAAAAGUCACCCAUGGACCGCGGAGCUAACAGGCACAUGAGUACAUGUGAGAGCUCCCCGGACACCCCUACCAAGGUCAAGGCAAGGAUGAAAAGUUAUGUUGUCAAGGUAACAGAUGAUAGAGGUGAAGACCCCAGGAAGAGGAGACCUAGGAGGUGCAGUGACUUUGAUAUGAACAGAAUGACACCAUCAAGACAGAAAAGAACUUGGACAGAUGACUUAAAAAACACCACUCACAAACAGAGCAGGAGUAAUCCAUCUGUUCAGUCUGAAAAGAAAAAGGAGCAAAAAGCAGAAUGUCCAAUUGAAAAACUUAGGAGAAAGAUCAAAGAGAGUAAAAUAUCACAAAGAAAGUAUGAAGGAAUGGCCUCAGCACAGAUUCAACAGAAAGUCACAUUGAGACUAUCAGAUCAAAAAGUUGAAAUGAAUAUGAGAAAAAUAGGUGAUGACAAAAAACAUGUCCAACCUAGUAAGUUGCUGGAACCAGAGUCCAAAAGUGUACAAGGAACAGUGAAAGAAGAGAAAGGGGAUGAAGAGUUGAAACACCAAGUUAAGUCACAGGAGACAUGUGAUACAGAGAAACAGCAAUCUUCAGUAAGGCAACCAGAGGAACCAGUCUCUGACCCCAGUUCAUCCAUUCCUAUACGAAGUGAAGCACAGAUUUGUGUAUCCUUAAUAAAAAAGGACCACAACUUGAAAAUUGUCCAAAGCUCACCUGAAAAAGUACCCAUUUUACCUCCAUCUAAGGAACAAGGACAAAACCCAGUAGGGGCAGGCAAUGAUAGUGGAGUUGAUGAUCAGAGUGAAAUCCCACAGACUAGGAGUGGUCCUGUAUUGGUCAAGGAUCAAACAAAACCCAUCCAACAGAAACAAGACCAGGCUUCAUCACAGCCAGUAAACAUAUGUACAUCUAAUGAACAGCUUGAAAAUAAGUCUCCUAUGGGUGAAGUUUCUGACAAUCUUUCUGCCAACCUGAAUAGCGAAUGCAAAUCAAAUCACUCUGCAGUGCAUGAUCAGCAGCAAAAUAGACCUGAAAUUUCAAAAGGUGAAGCUAGUAACGAAAAACAAGAACAGUGUGAAAACCUAGAGAAAUGCAGACUGCCCAAAGAGAAACCAGCUGAAGAUUUAGAGAAAUGUGAGCAGAAUUGUUCCACACAGUUGGAAGUUCAAAGACCAACUGAAGGAUUUCGACCAACCAGCCCACCUGCCAUCUCCAGACAAGUUUUAUGUUUGAGUGACUCAGCAACACAAGAUAAUUCCCAGAGUAACAAGAAACAACAGAAACCAGACACUAGUGAAGGGAAGCUGUUACUGACCAAGAAUGGAGGGAAAGAUAAUGCACUGCCAGGAAAAAAUGAAUGUGAAAAAGCCGGUGUUGCACCCGUAAGAAACCAAGAAAUGAUGCAAGAUGUGGACAGUCAAAGCCAUGAAAAAAUACAGACAGAAAGAAUAUCACCUUAUGAUGAACACAAAAACAGAAGAAAGAGAAAGCCUUCAAAAGCAGAAAAGAACGAACAGUCAAAAAGAAAUCAAAAUAAUGAACAGGAGGGAGAUAUUUAUAAUCCACCAAAAUCCAAAAGAAGAUGUUAUGAUAGCAACUCAAAAGAACGAGAGAGAUCCUCAUCAACAGAGGUGAGGAAAUCAUCUGAUGAUACAAAAUCAACUAAAAAAUUGAAAUCUGAGGGAUUGAAGUAUCAGAAGCACAAUUCUCACUCAAAGUUUUCAGAUUCAACAAAUAAGACACUGUACGAGAAAAAAGUUGAACACAAAUUCUACAAAGGAGAAAAGGGUUCCAUGCAAUACCAUGAAAAACAAGAACAAAAGUCAUACAAAAAGCCUUAUCUUCUUGAGUCCAAAGCAAUAGACAAGGUACAAAGAUUCAAAUCAAAGGGCUCUGAUUUUACAUGGCAUGACCAAUCCAACAUAUUUGGCAGAGGACGGGGGAGAGGCAGAGGUAGGGGGAGAGGCAGGGGCCGAGGUAGAGGUCGAGGCCAGUUCUACAAUAAAUCAAGCUCAGGGAGGCAGCCUUAUAGGAAAACUCUACUAGAUAGAAAUGGUGAAUUUUAUUCUGGUGAUUAUCAGCAAGAUAACUGGGAUCAAGGACGGCAGGAGGAGACUGAUUUUACCUCCGAUAACUUUGGAAAUAACUGGGAAUAUGACAACAGGAAUGGGACAAAUGCUCAAGACUAUGGGUAUAAUUCACAAAUGGGACAGGGAGAUUGCUAUGGCAACAGUAACCAAGGGUCUUGGAAUAACAGAUGGCAGAAUGAAUCUUAUUCACAGGAGUGGUCCAAUAAUAAUAAUAAUAAUAACAACAAUAACUGGGGAAAUAAUCAAGGUUAUGGAUGUAAUCAGUGGAAUGGACAUUCUCAGUCCCAACAGUGGAACUCCAAUGGUGGUUCAUGGCAGAGGGAACCAAACAAUUAUAGAAGAUGGCAGAACUAACCACAUCAGUGGAAAUGUCUUCAUGUGAAAUGCGUGAACAUCUCAGUUACAUUAGCUGCAAUGGAAUGAUGCCAGUUUCCUGGACCUGAAGAACAUCUUGUGCCUGAUAUUUGUGAAAACAAGUUCCCAGUGCCAAAAACAACAAAAUAAACUUCCGCCUGUCCACCUUACUGAAUAUCAGGCUUUUUGAGGCUGCAAAUGUGUUUGGAACUACUUUCCUUUGGAAUUUAGACUUUGUUAAUUCUGUACCUUUAAGUUUUAAGAGCAAUGCCAGGCAACAGAAAAUGGAAUAUAUUGUGCAUACUGUACCCAAAGAUGGGUAUUUGGACAGAUACAUUGCCACAACAGUGAUCUAGAUAGACAAAUCUAGAUGUGACCCACCUGUCAAAUUUUAAUUUUCUUUAUUUUGCAUCACUUACGAAAUGCUGGUGUGCACGUGUGACCUUCAGCAGUCAUUAUUAUUCUAGAUUGGCAGCAUUAUUAGUCUACAUCUGAGAUUAAAUCUAAAGAUACAACUGCCUAAAUUGACAGGGAAUGUUAAGUUUAUUGAAUUUCAAAAAUUGUGGUGCAUAUAUAGCACUCAAUAAAGACUAUAUUUUUUAUAUUUAACAAUUUAUUGCUGAAUAUCAAUU